UUGGGCGUAGUGAGCGUUAGUGCUGUAUAGUGCAAGUAUAGUCCAGCAAGCUAGCUCCAGGCAGAAUACAAGGAUAUAGGGGACCUUUUUUUUCCUCGCUGGCUAUAAACGUCUUUGCAGCGGACGCAGUGUGCGAAAAAAUCCAGGAAGUGCAUUUAGGCGUCGAAAAAAGAGCAGUGCUGCUGCUGGUCGGUCGUUUAGUUGGUGCAAGCUUGGUGACAGUUUUUAUUAUUUUCAAGAGUCACGGGAAACAUACAUGGGCAGCGCGGGAGAAGAAGAAGAAGCAUAGACGUAACGUCUUGGUGAAGUUACAUUUUUUUCGCUCAGCGAUUUGCCGUGUUCCAUGCAUUAACGCUCGCGCGAAAGUCAACACGUGCGGUGGUGUGUGAAAAAGUAUCUAAUACGCCAGCAUACCGGUUGGUGGAAUUCGUGAAGCUUCCCAUAAGAAAGGAUAACAACGGAAAGUUCUUCGCUUCUCGGUGGAGUGUUGCUUAUACACGCAAGAGAAAGGAAGUGUCCCACAACCCCUACAAUACAUCGGAUAUGCCGAUGCCCUCGGCGAAGGAGCAAACGCUGAUGUGGCAACAGAACUCGUACUUGGGUGAUUCUGGUAUCCACUCGGGUGCCGUCACACAGGUUCCAUCGCUCAGUGGAAAAGAUGACGACAUGGAAGACGACCCCUUGAUGUUCGACAUGGAUCAGGGCUUCUCGCAGAACUUCACCCAAGAUCAGGUCGACGAUAUGAAUCAGCAGCUCAGCCAGACACGCUCGCAGCGUGUACGAGCCGCCAUGUUCCCGGAAACCCUAGAAGAGGGCAUCGAAAUCCCGUCGACACAGUUCGAUCCACAGCAGCCAACCGCGGUACAGCGGCUGUCCGAGCCAUCGCAGAUGCUCAAGCACGCUGUCGUCAACUUGAUCAACUAUCAAGACGAUGCCGAUCUGGCCACUCGUGCUAUACCAGAGUUGAUCAAACUGUUGAACGAUGAGGAUCAGGUUGUGGUUUCCCAAGCCGCCAUGAUGGUUCACCAGUUGUCCAAGAAGGAAGCUUCGCGUCAUGCUAUUAUGAACAGUCCUCAGAUGGUCGCCGCUUUGGUGCGUGCAUUGUCACAGAGCAACGAUCUGGAAACCACCAAAGGAGCUGUCGGAACGUUGCACAAUUUAUCGCACCAUCGUCAAGGUUUGCUAGCAAUUUUCAAAUCCGGAGGCAUUCCAGCACUGGUCAAGCUGCUCUCAUCACCGGUUGAAUCUGUGCUGUUUUACGCAAUCACAACGCUUCACAACUUGUUGCUCCAUCAGGAUGGCAGUAAGAUGGCAGUUCGUUUGGCUGGUGGUUUACAAAAGAUGGUCGCUUUGUUGCAGCGCAACAAUGUCAAAUUUCUGGCCAUUGUCACGGAUUGUUUGCAGAUUCUUGCCUACGGAAAUCAAGAAAGUAAACUUAUAAUCCUUGCUUCCACUGGACCGAGCGAAUUGGUUCGCAUCAUGCGCUCAUACGACUAUGAGAAGCUACUUUGGACAACAUCGCGUGUGCUGAAGGUUUUGUCCGUUUGUUCGAGCAACAAGCCAGCAAUCGUUGAAGCUGGCGGCAUGCAGGCUCUGGCAAUGCAUUUAGGAAACCAAUCCCAGCGUCUCGUGCAGAACUGCCUCUGGACAUUGCGUAACCUUUCCGAUGCCGCUACAAAGGUUGAUGGUUUGGAUACGCUUUUGUCUGGCUUGGUCACGGUUUUGGGUUCGUCGGACGUGAACGUUGUCACGUGCGCUGCCGGCAUUCUUUCCAACCUGACAUGUAACAACCAACGCAAUAAGGUGACCGUGUGUCAAGUCGGGGGCGUCGAAGCCCUGGUUGGUACCAUCAUCAAUGCGGGUGAUCGAGAGGAAAUCACAGAGCCAGCGGUGUGCGCUCUCCGACACCUGACUUCGCGCCAUCCGGAAUCGGAAUCCGCACAGAACAUCGUUCGCAUUCACUUCGGACUGCCGGUGAUCGUAAAGCUGCUUAAUCCACCAUCGCGCUGGCCGCUAAUCAAGGCCGUUAUCGGUUUGAUUCGUAAUGUGGCGCUGUGUCCAGCUAACACUGGACCUUUGCGAGAGCACGGAGCAAUCCAUCUGCUGGUGCGGUUGCUUUUCAAGGCGUUCCAAGAAACGCAAAGGCAACGUUCAUCUGUGGCCACUAACGGCUCGCAGCCACCGGGUGCAUACGCCGAUGGCGUACGCAUGGAAGAAAUUGUCGAGGGAACGGUUGGGGCACUGCACAUCCUCUCAAAGGAGGAUCUGAACCGGCAGCUCAUCCGCCAGCAAAACGUUAUUUCGAUCUUCGUACAGCUGCUCUUCUACAACGACAUCGAAAACAUUCAGCGCGUCGCCGCCGGUGUCCUGUGCGAGCUGGCCGUCGACAAGGAAGUGGCUGAGAUGAUCGAAGCCGAGGGUGCCACCGCACCGCUGACUGAACUGCUCAACUCCGCCAACGAGGGCGUUGCCACCUAUGCGGCCGCCGUCCUGUUCAAGAUGAGCGAGGACAAAUCGAUGGACUACAAGAAACGGUUCUCUAGUGAACUGACCACCCUGCCGGUGUUCCGUGACGAUACGAUGUGGAACAACGGUGAACUCGGGAUAGGGCCGGAUUUACAGGACAUCCUCUCGCCUGACCAAGCAUAUGAGGGCCUUUACGGACAAGGUCCCCCCAGUGUGCACAGCUCGCACGGCGGACGUGCAUUCCAGCAAGGAUAUGACACACUGCCGAUAGACUCGAUGCAGGGUCUUGAGAUCGGCGGAGGCGGCAACGCCGGCCCGGCAGGUGGCAACCCCAACGCGGGAAACAACCCGGGCGCUGGCGGACCCCCAUCCGGCCAGCCAACGUCGCCCUACGCGAUGGACAUGGACGUCGGGGAGAUGGAUGCCAGCGAACUGACGUUCGACCAUCUGGAUGUGAUGCCAUCGCCACCGCAGGAUAACAACCAGGUGGCCGCCUGGUACGACACCGAUUUGUAAGCGGUUUUCGAUCUUGAUUUUUACACUUUUUUUUCUCGGCAUAGCGUAUUAUUUUUGUCUCUUUAUCCAUACACACAUUUUAUUCGUAACACGAUGUGCUUCCAACACAUAUUGAGAGACUUUCUCAACGAGAAAGGGAGAGUGCAGCUUCUAACACAUACUGUUUCCGUCUAUCUAUUAGAUUUAUUGUGAUACAAAAUAUUUGAUUAUCUUCUCAAUUCUGAAGCAGCUUGUAUCGUAUCAAUUUAUGUUGGAAGCUUGCUCUAAAACCUAUUUUUAUACUUAUUAAACAUAUAAGUACUUUAUGUAUUUUUUACGUAAUAAAGCAAACGAAAUCAAACAACUGUCUAAAACUAAUAAGGAAGGUAAAAAUCAGUUUAGAACUACUUUAGAUUUUUUAUUAGAAACAUAUAUUUAUACACAACGACAGCAGCUUCUCAUAUUUUAAAAAAUACUUUGAUGUUUACUACUGCAUAACACGUUGGUAUGCUAAAACAAGCCCAUAGAGUUGCAACUAUUCGAUAAAACUGAGCAUCUGAUUGGAAAUUGCAAACGCAAUAUGACUUGCUUCGACGAGUUUAUUAUUCAGUAUUGGAGGCACUAUAGAAAAAAAACCUGAACGCAAAAUUAAUAAGUCUACAGAAAUAAGACAAAAAAUAGUAUAAAUGUUAUAAUGCAGCUAGAGGGUAAACUAUGAUCAAUUCGAAAUCAUAAGCAAAACAAGCAGCGCCACAGUUUGCGCGAUUCUUUACGAAUGAAACGUAAGCUGAAGCGUGGCAGAAAAAGUUAUUAUACAAUUCCAUUAUGAUGAACAAUGUAGUUUCAAAAUGAGAACAUUUAAUCGCCCUUAUUUUAUUUGUGAUCUACAUUUUUUACUUUUGUAUUUGCAUCUAAUUCGAAAUAUGUUUCUUUAUAACAACCCGACCGACGUACGAUCCUUAGACUCGAAAAGCAUCACGCUGAAUGAUAAACUACUACUGAUUUUGAACAUUAAUUCUAUAUUGAAAUUAUUAUACAUUAUGAUGAUGAUGAAAUGAAACGAACCUUCCUUUCAGUAUAUAAGAGAACGUGAAGAGAAUAUAUUAAAUGCUAUACAACAGA